CAAAGGCAAAAUAUUCCCAUCUGGUGGGCGAAAAAUAGAUUUAUAUAAAGUAGCAAAUAGAUUCCUUUCAGUUCUUGCAAAAUGGAGUUUACAACAGAGUGGGACCGAUUAGAGGAUCAUUAUUAUAGGUCUUUCCUUCUUUUGUUUGAUAGCCCAAAAUAGAUUGUUAUUGUGGUUAAUUCUUGUUUUAUCGCUAUAGGAAACGAAAUAUGUACACUAUGUGCUGGGAUAAAAGCAAUCUUGGAUUAUAUUUAAUUGCUAUUGCACCUUAUGGUGGUCCAAUUGCCCUUCUAAGGGAUGUAUCUAGGGGGCCUCCCACAACAUCAACAUCCAUGCCAAUUCUAUACAUUUUCAACAGUGCUGGUAAAACUUUAGCUCAAACUCCCUGGUCAUCGGGAAAAGUAAUUCAUAUAGGAUGGACAACUUCCGAACAGUUACUCUGUGUUCAAGAUGAAGGGACAGUUUUAGUGUAUAAUAUUUUUGGAAAAAUGCAAAAACAUUUCGGAAUGGGAGAAACUGCUAAAGAACAACGAAUAAUUCAAGCAAAGACUUUCACGUAUUCAACAAAUACUGGACUGGCAGUCAUGACUUCCUUUUAUAGAAUUAUUAUUGUAACUAAUGUUGAAGCUAUGAAUAUUCGUCAGCUAGCUGAAAUUUCUGACCUGCGCUCAACCCCUAUAUGGCAUGUUAUAACUUCCGAAAGAUCUUGUAAUGUUUUAGUUGCGAAGAAUGCCAAUCUAUAUACUCUAGAUUUAACUGGUCAAUUAAAAUUGGUCAAAGAAUAUGACUUCGAAUCUAUUAUUGACAUCGCUGUCUCAUUUAAUCAACAGCUUAUUGCUGUUUAUGGUGACAAUGGGGGAAUAUGGAUAGGGACAAAAGAUUUCAAAACAAUAAAUAGAGAAAUUCGAACUGAUAUGAGAUCAAGGCCAAAACAUUUAGAGUUUUGUGGAACUGGAGCAAUAGUAUGUUGUUAUACUGAUGAAAUGAUGGUGUUUGACACAGCCUCUUCAUCUUCUCAACCGAUUCGAUAUAGUUUGGAGGAACCUGUUUACUGCUCAGCUGAGUUGGAUGGGGUGAGAAUUCUAUCGAGCUUUGAUCAUGAAUUCUUACACAAAGUUGAGACGGUCCUUCAAACAGCCUAUCUUCUAGGUACAAUGGAGGCCCACAAUCAAUUAAUAGAGGCCUAUCAACAAUUUACAUUAAUGUCACAAAAAGCAGACGAAUAUUUAAGAAAUAUUACAGAGAAACUAUCAGAAGCUGUUGCAAAUUGUAUAAAAUGCGCCACCUUAGAAUACGAUUCGGCGAAAUGUCAAAAACUUUUACUAAACGCCGCAUCAUUUGGUAAAACGUUCCUAACUGAAUUUGAUCCAACUGAUUUUUUAACUGCUUGUGAAGAGUUAAGAGUGUUAAAUGAAUUAAGAUCACCUAAAAUCGGCAUAGGAAUAAGUUAUAAACAAUUCAAGCAUCUAUCUUUACCAGUUGUAUUAGAUAGACUAAUACUUAGAAAGCAUUUUGCAUUGGCUGUAAAAAUUUGUGAAUUUUUAAAAUUGAAUCAAGAGAGGGAAAGAAUUUUUGGUCAAUGGGCUACUUUUAAAAUAAGUCAAUCGGAUAAAUCGGACGAAGUGAUAGCCGAUUGUAUUGUUGGUAAAUUAGGAACAAACUAUAUGGCCUACGCUCAUAUUGCUGAAAAAGCAUUAAAGAUGGAAAGGAGAGAUUUGGCUGCUAGAUUAUUAGAAUUUGAACCCAGAUCUUCAAAACAAGUUCCAAUGCUUUUAAAAAUGCAAAGAAACGAAACUGCUCUCUCUAAAGCAAUUGAAAGUGGAGAUGUCGAUUUGAUUUAUCAAGCCCUAUUACAUUUAAAAGAUACGAUGGCUCAAGUUGAUUUUCUACAUAUGUUAACUCAAAAAAAUACCCAAGCUUUCGAUUAUUACUUACAAUAUUGCAGGCAAAACAAUAGAGGAAUAUUAAAAGAUUUAUAUUCAAUGCAAGAUAAUUUUAUGUUAAUGGGACAGCAUUUAAUUAUGGAUAGUUACGAAAAUGAGACCUUUACGAAUCGUAUAGAUAAUUUGAAGGAAGCUGCGAGAUGUUUCCAGAAAGCCAGAUGUGAUUGGUUAGCUAAGCAAACCGAAGAUCAAGUUAAGCUUUUAGAACAGCAGAAGAGAUUGGAAGUUGAUUUCUCACAGUCAUAUAUCGAUUUAUCAUUAAACCAAACAAUUACGAAAUUGAUUGGUGAAGGUCGUUUUAAGUUGGCCGAUCAGCUAAAGAAAGAUUUUAAAAUUUCGGAGAAAUCUUAUUACUACAUUAAAGUGGAAGCAUUAGCCGAAUCCGAUAGAUGGAGCGAACUUGAAGAUUUUGGUAAAGCCAAAAAAAGUCCGAUAGGCUAUGAGCAUUUCGUGGAAAUGUGUAUCAAGUAUAAUAAAUUAGACAUAGCUGAGAAGUACGUAGUAAAGGUACCAGUUGAAGAUAGACCUAGAUUAUUAUUUGAAAUAGGAAAAGUUGAAGAGGCUAUUGAUUUGGCAGCUCAGAAUAAGGAUAUUCAAGUAUUAGAACGAUUGGGAGGGCGAAAGACAACGAAAUCUCAAAAGUCGGAUUUAACAGGAGCUAUAGGAUUAAGGAUAAAUGAGAAGAAAAAGUAUCUUCUUGUUAAAAGUUUAAGCUGA